CAGUGCAUACGGUCACUUGCUCUGAGAAAAAACACAGACACGGUUUGUGUGUCUAACAGUCAUCUGGAUGUGUAGUGUGUGUGUGUGUGUGUGUGUGUGUGUGUAUGUGUUUAACACAGUGGAUGAUGCUCGGUGAUGGAGGUCUCUCAGUGUCUCUUUCUCCUGCACUGAUCACAGUGGAUUAUCAUGGAAUUUUUUUUGUGUGAAACUUUGUGAUAAUGUGUGUGUGUGUGUGUGUGUGUGUGUGUGUGUGUGAACAUUUGUUUACUCACUGACGGUUCCUGCAGGAUUGUUAAGGACUCGAGACCAGGAAAUGUGACUCAGAUGCAGAUGUCAACCAGCGUGUGAACCAGCGUGAACUGAACUGACAAGUCAGGGGCUCUGUAUCAGGAUGGCUCCACCCCCUCCGACCAAUGCUCCUCAUGUUUGCUUGUCAUGCAUGGUAAUCAUGAGCAGCAUGGCACUGAUGGACGCGUACCUGGUGGAGCAGAACCACGGGCCACGUAAGAUCGGUGUAUUCAUCGUGGUGAGUGUAGGUGACGUCUGCUUCCUCAUAGCACUGCGCUAUGUUGCCAUUUGGGUCGGAACUGAGCUCAGGACUGCAAAGCGUGGAUAUGCAAUGAUCCUCUGGUUCCUCUACAUUUUUGUUUUGGAGAUUAAAGUCUAUUUCAUCUACCAGAACUAUAAAUCAGACCGGAAGAGUCUGGAUGCUCUGACGCGUAAAGCUUUAACGCUGCUCCUCUCUGUGUGUAUUCCCGUAUUGUUCAUUAUUCUGGUCGCUGUGGAUCAUAUGGAGUACGUCAAGGCGUUUAGGAAAAAGGAGGAGAUACGGAACCGGCUCUUCUGGGUGGUGGUGGACCUCCUAGAUGUUCUGGAUAUCCAGGCCAACCUGUGGGAGCCGCAGAAGAAAGGCUUCCCACUGUGGGCUGAAGGCUUGAUGUUUUUCUACUGCUACAUCCUGCUUCUUGUUCUGCCGUGCGUUAGCCUGAGCGAGAUUAGCAUGCAGGGUGUUAACAUCAGCCCACACAAGAUGAUGCUCUACCCAAUCCUGAGCCUCAUCACCAUCAAUAUCGUCACCGUUUUCAUCCGAGGAGGAAACAUGCUGCUGUAUAAAGACGGCCGUGUCUCAGGGAUCCUCAUGGGGAAGAAUGUCCUGGCCAUCGUGAUGAAGACGUGCAGCUUUGUGCAGUACAAAAUGCAGUUGCAAAGUGCUAAUCUCUGUGCUAACACACCUUCUCCUCCACCUGCUCCUCCUGCAGCUCCUCUUGUAGCAGCCUUCAGUGCUGAGCUUCACAAAAACUCACUGACUCACUAUCGAGAUGUUUCUCAAACACCACUGCCUGCUUCUGAACACACAUGACACACACACAUGACAUUUGAUAGACUCGGAUGCUUUUGAUGAUGAUGAUGAUGAACUUUUUUUAGACAUUGUGACAAAUGUGAUGUUUGAACUGGUCUUAUCUGCAGAGAGGAGCCUAAAUUAGCCAAUGGGUGGGGAUUAAACCUGAGAGUGAUGGGGCUGUAGCUUUUGAGUGAGUUCGGCUUAAACUAGGCAGU